AUGAGAAUUCCACUCUUUUCAAGGCUUGUCCCGAUACUCAUAUGCUCACUUACCCUCAUCUUUGCUGUGUCUGGUCAAUGUCUUCGCGAUCAGCGAACCUCUUUGCUCGAAUUGAAGAGCAACCUCAAGUUCAACAGUACGUUGUCCACAAAACUGGUGCGUUGGAAUGAAAGUGUUGACUGCUGUUCGUGGGAAGGAGUAACCUGCAGCGAGGGAUGUGUUGUCGGUCUCUACCUCGACAACGAAUCAAUCUUUGGUAAACUCGACAAUUCAAGCAGCCUUUUCCAUCUUCAUUGUCUCCAGGAGCUGAGUUUGGCUAAUAACUACUUCACCGAUUCUUAUAUUCCACCGGAAUUCGGAAAUCUGACAAAUUUGAGUUAUUUGAAUUUGUCAAAUGCUGGCAUUAUUGAGCAGAUUCCGAUUGAGAUUUCACGCCUCACAAGGUUAGUUACUCUCGAUUUGUCUAUCAAUAAGUUGGAUCUUAAGAACCCAAAUUUAGCUAUGCUAGUUCAGAACCUUACGCGCCUUACGGAACUUUAUCUUGAUGGUAUACCUAUAUCAUUGCAAGGGAAGGAGUGGUGUCAAGCCUUAUCAUCUUCACUGCCAAAUCUAAAAGUGUUGAGCAUGUCAUAUUGUAAUCUUCAGGGGCCUCCUGAUUCCUCCUUACUGAAGCUUCAGUCUCUCUCAAUAAUUAAUCUCAACCUUAACAAUUUUAAUGCUCCAGUUCCAGAAUUUUUUGCAGAUUUCAAAAAUUUGACAUCCUUGAAUCUCAGUUAUUGUGGAUUGAAUGGACAAUUUCCAAAAAAGAUCUUCCAGGUUCCAACACUACAGAUGGUAGACAUAUCAGAUAAUGAACUACAUGAAGGUUCUUUGCCAGAAUUUUAUCCAAAUGGUUCUCUUCAGUCACUGCUGCUUAGAGGUACAAAUUUUUCAGGGGCACUUCCUGAUUCUAUUGGCAACCUUAAAAGGUUAUCUGAAAUAGAUUUCUCAGAGUGCAAUUUCACUGGAUCAAUCCCAAACUCCAUAACAAACCUUACUCAAUUGGUUUAUUUAUACAUGUCAUCAAACAACUUCACCGGACCAAUUCCAUCAUUCAGCAUGGCAAAGAAUCUAACCAUGAUAGAUCUUUCUUAUAAUCAUUUCACAGGUCAGAUUACUUUCACUCAUUGGAAAGAGCUUCGGAGUCUUCUGCACCUUUAUUUGCAUGACAAUUCACUUGAAGGGAGUAUUCCAGCAUCUCUUUUUUCCCUUCCAUCAUUGCAAACAUUGCAUCUUUUCAACAACCAUUUUUCUCGUCAACUCCAUGAAUUUUCAAAUGUUUCUUCCUUCCUGCUGGAAGAACUUGAUUUGAGUAGCAACUACUUGGAAGGGCCAAUUCCCGUUUCUAUCUUUGAACUCCAAGGUCUUCAUACCCUAUCACUUUCUUCAAACAACUUCAAUGGCUCAUUCCAGCUUAAUGUGAUUCAACUGUUGAGAAAUCUUACAACUUUGGAUCUUUCUUAUAACAACUUGUUGAUUGAAUAUAAUGGAACUAAUUCCUCAUUAUCCUCCUUUCCCCAAAUUGAGAAAUUGGUUUUGGCUUCUAACAGGUUGAAAAUAUUUCCUGAAUUCUUGAGAAACCAAGCCAAUUUAGUGUAUCUAGAUCUUUCAGAUAACCAAAUACAUGGGGAGAUACCCAACUGGUUUUGGAAACUUCCUAAACUUUCUUUUGGGCAACUCCCAACUCCUCUACCAUUUUUUAAUUAUCUGGACUUGUCAAGGAAUAAUUUCAACUCUGUUAUACCAGUGCUGAACUUGUCAUGGAAUGACAGCAAUCGUAGUAAUAUUUUCUUAUUUCUUUCAAACAAUAAAUUCCAUGGGCAAAUCCCUGAAUCAAUAUGCAAUGCUACAUUUAUUGGGGCUCUAGAUCUGUCUAAUAACUCCAUAAAUGGAACAAUUCCCCAUUGCUUCUCUUCAAUGAGUAAAAGUUUAUGGGUUCUAAAUCUAAGGAGAAACAACCUCGCUGGCAAAAUAUCUGAUACAUUUCCAAGUGAUUGUAGUUUACAAACUCUGAAUGUCAAUAAAAACCUACUAGAAGGUGUGGUACCAAAGUCUCUUGCCAAUUGCACACAUUUGGAGGUAUUGGACAUUGGGAACAACCAGAUACAUGAUUCCUUCCCUUGUCACUUGAAGGGCAUGUCUAAUUUGCGGGUCCUAGUCUUGCAAUCGAACAAAUUUUAUGGAUCUGUUGGUUGUGCAGGGCCAAAUGUUACUUGGCCGAUGCUUCAAAUUGUAGACCUAGCCUCUAACAACUUUAGUGGUAAGCUAUCAAUAAAAUCCUUGGCCAACUCAGAUGCAAUGCUGGUUGAUAAUGAGGCUCAGUCAGAGCUCAAUUACCUCCAUUUUCAAGACUAUGAAUUGUAUUAUCCAGAUGUAUUAACUAUUACCUUGAAACAUGAGGAGAUUGAGUUGUUGAAGAUUCUUACCAUUUUAACUUUAAUUGACCUUUCAUGCAACAAUCUUGAAGGGCCAAUACCAGAAGAAAUAGGAGUACUCAAAUCCUUGAACAGUCUCAACUUGUCGCACAAUGCUUUCACAGGCCGAAUCCCACCAUCUCUGGGAAAAUUAAGUAAACUUGAGUCACUGGACUUAUCAAGCAACAAGCUUAGCGGUGAGAUCCCUAUGCAACUUGCAAAUAAUCUUACUUUCCUUUCAGUAUUAAACCUCUCGUUUAAUCAAUUGGUUGGGCCAAUUCCAUACAUCAAGCAAUUUGCAACAUUUUUGGAAACUUCCUUUGAGGGGAACAAAGGAUUAUGUGGGUCCCCUUUGAAGAUAACAUGCACCUCUACAAAGCCAAGUUCGCCACCUCCAACAUUCGAAGAUAGUAACUCAAAUUCUCGGCCUUUAAUUGACUGGAAUUACCUAAGUGUAGAACUGGGAUUUGUUUUUGGCUUGGGGAUGAUCAUUUGGCCUCUUGUGUUUUGUAAGAGGUGGAGGAUUUGGUAUUGCAAACACGCUGAUGACAUUUUAUUCAGGAUCUUCCCACAGCUGUACCUUGGAGGAAACCAAUACCGAGGAAUCCGAGCACAUAGGAGUGUGGGGCGGAGGCAGUAG